UGCGAUCCAGAUUCUACGUUCGCAACUUGUUCUUUCUCCACCUUCUUGCUUUUUCGCGCAUCGAUCUGCCACCGAUCGAUCUCGUCUUGUCCGGAUCGCGCUGGCUUACGAAAGGACAACAAGGUCGUGUGUAGCCGAUGAAUCGGAAGUAGCCUUGGCAGAAGUGGCGGCUAUCGACGGCGUUGCGGUAAGCCGCUCUUAAUCCCAAUCGAAGAUCAACGUUUAGUCCCUGUGAGAACUUUGAAAUUCGAUUAAGCACGGCGGUGGGGGAAAUCUCGUGCGAUCGAAGGAUCACGGAGUACGUGCGAGCAAAUCGAACGUGGUUCGCGUAGAUACGGAACCGGGCGGUCGCGACGAGGCGGACGUGGACGGUGUAUUAUCGAUCUAACGAUCGCGCGGUUGGUCACGUAAAAGGGAGUCGACUGUGAAGAAUUGAUCGUGUCGCUGCAAUUAUGUCAACAAAUAAACGAACCAAGAUCGUCAGCGAUUGUCGUUGCCCGCUGAGGAGGAGGAGGAAUUGAAUGUGGGUCGAGGACUGAGUACACGGAAUAAAGGAAAAUCGAAGAAUCGAACGCUGACACUGGACAGGUGAAAGCGAAGGUUGUCCACGAUCUCGAGAUCCGAUCGACCGAGGAACGUAUCCGACGAUGGAUUUUACGCUGUUCUUAAUCGCCGUGCUCCUCGGGCAGAAGGUGACUGGGCUGAAGCUGCUUUACAUAAGCGUCCCGCCGUACUCCUUUAGGGGCCAGAGUGCGCUUCUCGAGUGCAGAUACGACCUAGAAGCGGACAAGCUUUACUCCAUCACGUGGUACAAGGAUCACGAGGAAUUCUACAGAUACGUGCCUAGAGGGGAACCUACGAAGCACAGCUAUCGCGUCGAGGGCGUUAAAGUUGACCAUCGAAAAUCCAACGACAAGGAGGUGCUACUGCAGGACGUGAGCCUGCACAGUAGCGGACGGUACAAGUGCGAAGUGAGCGCGGAGGCUCCCAGCUUCAACUCGGUCAGCGCAGAAGCCAGUAUGGAAGUCGCAGUUCUGCCGCAAGACGGGCCGUCGAUAACGGGCGAGGAGAAGGUUUACGCGACCGGCGACGUCCUCGGGCUGAAUUGCACCAGCGGCAAGUCCCAUCCCGCCGCGACGCUCAAAUGGUUCAUCAAUAGGGAGCAGGUGAAACCAGACACGGAAAUGGUGUUCGAGCAGCACGGACUUUAUUCGGUGAUAUCCAGUUUACGACUGCAAUUGGAACCGGAUCACAUCGCCGGCGACAAAAUAAACGUCAGAUGCGAGGCGACCGUGGUAUUGGACUCGAUGUCGGACAAGCCGCGCUUCGAGACGCGCACAACGGAAGUUUUCGUGGAAGGACACGGCAGCCUUGCAACGCCUUCCGUGUGUCUGACGGUGGUCAGCGCGCUACUUCUCCGACUACUGCCAACCUUGGUUUAGGAAUAAGAGCGUGCGAACCGCGCGCGGCCGGCCGCGUUCGCGUCCACGAGACGCAAUUGCCACACGCGCGACUGGACUCCGUCGAGUAGGAAGGAAGAGAGGACGAGAAACACAACGAUGGAAGAAAGAGACAAAUGGACGAUCAUACGUAGCGAUCAAAUGCGAAAUAACAGGGAAAUAUCGUUGGGACGUCGAAUGAAAAGACCGCAACGAUGGAAGAAACGCGGAAUUGGAAGGCGGGUCGGAGCCGAAAAAAUUCUGGUUCCGGGAAUUGGCGAGGGACGAGUAUCGCUUGGCUACUUGGCCGAUGGGUGAUCGAUCGGGGCACCGGGGUCGCCGUGAGGCAAUCGCGGGGCAGUCGCGGGGCAGUCACGGGCCCGGGAGAACGCGCGCGCGGAUUAUCAUCCCGUUGGACGGCACGCGACUCGAAAAUACGAUUUACGAGCCUGUAAGCGGAUUAAUUUGGACGAUUCGACGUGCACGGGAUAGCGUAAAUAUUUGUCUGGAGCGCGUAGGGAAGCGAGUCGGCGAUUCUUUCGCGGCGUUUCCGAUAGAAAUCCGCGACGAGCGAGAGCCGCGGCCGAGCGAGGCGUCUCGACGAUCCACCCCGCGCAUAUCCGUGUUUCUCUCGCAUGACGCGCAUCCGCGUAGCACGCAACGAUACCUACGUGUACUCGUUAUACGGCUUCGAAGCUUUUAACUCCCGUUGUAAUUCCGAAAAGUCGGGACGAGAUCGGUCGCGCGGUUCUCGCUCUCCAACCAAGAACGAACGAACGAACGAACGAACGAGAAGCCGACGGACUUGCGCUUCCCUUCGCGCCCGCGACUUCUCUCUUUGUGUCUGUAUACUUUGUACAUAGCUGCGACGCCUGCACGCGCGUACAUCUGCCGUUAUCUACGAAAACUAGGUACAUCUCGUCGAACGUUACGAUAGAGAAGAGAAAACGUUGGAUCGCGAACUUUAUUCGUGCUUUCCGUAGAAACGUAGACAACGUGGCGCGGCGUUUUCCCAAAAGAAAAAAAAAAAAAAAAGAACGGAUCCGUCGCUCGUUUCGAAACGAGCUACGAUCGGGGAUGCGCAGUCGAACAACUCCCCCGAAACUAUCGAAAAUCGGACAGAGAUUACGUACUUGUGUGUAUGGCCUAAUGUAUAUACGUAUACAUAAUAUAUAUAUAUAUAUAUACAUACAUAUAUAUAUAUUUCGCAUAUUUAGUAAAUAAAUCGUAUUUCAUUACAAAA